UGAAAUAUAAAAAUUAGUUUAUAAAUGACAUUAAAUGAAAAAUAUUAAUUUUAAAAAAAUUACUCAACUGUAAAAAACAAUGUUAAAAAAUAUUAAACAAAUACUUUUGUUAACUGUAUUUAUCGGUCAAUGGCUUAAUUGUUGGACAUUUCGUUGCGAAAGUAACAGCGAUGGCUUUUAUGCCGAUCCUACCGAUUGUUCAAAGUUUUACAGGUGUGUGACGGGUACCACCUAUUCAUUUAAUUGCGGUCCGGGAACUCAUUUUAAUCCCAGUUGUGAUUGUUGUGACUGGCCUUAUAAUGCCAAUUGUCAAUCUCAAACACAGACAUCAGCACCGGUAUAUUCGGCCAAUGGUUAUAGUGGUCAACAGCAACAGUCUGGCUAUAAUAGCAAUCAGCAAACUGUAGAUCAAUCGGGUUAUAAUUAUCGGCAAUACGGACAACAACCUGGUGGUCAACCGGUAACGCAAGGAUAUGCUUACACUGCGGGACAGUCGUAUGAUCAAUACCAACAACAACAAUAUGGACAACAAACUGGUGCACAAAGUGGUCAAUCAUAUCCAGAUUAUAGUCAAACUCAAUCGGGACAACAAUUGCCUCAAACUUAUGGCCAAUCAUAUCGACAACAGCCAGUCAAUCGUCAAUACGGUGAGUACGGGCAAAACAGGCAGACAAGUAUAAGUGGUCAUCAUCAGCAUCGACAUCAAAAUCAACGACUGCCUGAAGAGUCGCAACAAAUAGAUUUCAGUCAACAGAAGUCAGAUGAUAGCGACGAUAACGAUGAUCAAUAUCAGAGAAGACAACGACCGCAACAACAACAAGACCGACGUGUUUAUCAAAAAACUGAUCGCAGAGGAGAAGCACCGGUGGAUGACUUUUCGGAGACAUCAAGAGUACGACCAAAGCCAAGACCUAAGCCACGUAUCAAUGAAACUCCAGAUAACCAAUUAAUUGAUGAAAAGGACGACGAUUUCGAUCAUAAUUUUGAUGAACCAAUUGAAGAGAAACGUCCGGUAAGACCCACACCUAAACCAAAAUCACGUCAACCGAUUGGUCAACGAAAGCGUCCGACAAAACAACCCGAACCUGAGGACAAUAGUGACGAAAGUGACGAAUAUGAGGUGAUAAAGACAACCUCUACUAGACGUCCAAAAGUUCCGACUCGUAAAUACCGGAUUAAAACGACAACUAUGGCUGCAAUUGAUGAUAAUGAAGAUCAAGAUGAGGACAACGAGUUUUCUAAGUUUGGCGACAAUGAGAUUAAGACUGAUAAUGAAGAUCCAGGAAGUGUUGACACAAAUAAAUGGUUAAUAUUCGAUGACAGCCAAGAAGUGACUACAACUACAACUGAGGAUCCGUUUGUAACGGCACUCAAAGGGAAAGUACCGCCAAAUGUUCCACAAAAGUCUAAUAGAUCUCGAAUUGAUGGCUCACGAAGCUAUGGUCGACGUUAUAGUACAACCACUGAACCAAUUAUAACAACAAGUAUGACAGAUACCACAACAAUUGAUCCGUUUGACGAGGAAUGGGCUGAUUUUAUAGCCGGCAAACCACCAGUUGAUGAUUACAGUUAUCGGACGACACCAAAACCAGACACUAAAUUUUUGACACCGAAUAAUAGGACAGAUCCUAAUACCAGAUCUAGAGAUCAGAAACCAAAAGAUGAUGGCAUCCGAUAUUUUAAUUGCACGGAAGCGGGAAAACCGUGUGAUAUCUGCGAGAACUUGGAUUGGAUUAAGUACUCUAAUAUUGGUGUGAAAUCCAAUCCUUAUCGAAGUUUGAAAUUUUUGCCGAUUAUAGCAUCUAAACAGUGCUAUAAAGCUUGCAGUGAAUCGCAACAGUGUCUGGCCUUUAGCUAUAACUUAGACACAGGUAUGUGUCAUAUCUACGAUCAAUUAGAUAUAAAUGAUGUCUUGAGUGAAGAUAAGACCAAUUUAGUUGUCAAGAACCCGAAGAAUGUUUUAAUAAAUGACGAAUGGAUUCAUACAAACAAUGGUAUGGUUUCUGGUCUGGAGUUAUACACGACAAAAGUUGACAACGUUUGGGACUGUCUUCACGAGUGCAUCAAAGAUAUGGCCAAUUGUCAGGCCGUCGAUUAUGAUCCCAUUGAGUCCAUGUGUCGGGUGUUUGACGCACAAGAGGGCUAUGGUGUCAAUGCUGUCAAAGCCAAUUCAAAUAGUUUGCAACACUUAUCGAUGUUUGCGGACAAUAAUAAAUGGAGAUUUGAUGACAUCGGCUACAAGACAAUGGCUAACAAUAGACCAAUUGAUAGCAUACCAGUGCGCGAAAUAGAGGAAUGUUUCUAUGAAUGUAUUGAACAGAAAGAUAAUAAUUGCAGUUAUGUUACGAUUGAAGAUAAAUCCGUUCAAAACGAAACACGAGUUAAGGAUAACAGUGUUGAUAGUGAUAGCACUGAUAAAAGAGAAAAGAUAUGCCAUUUGUUUGCUUUUACAUCAACACCCAAAUGGAUCCGAUCGAAGAACAGAUCUAACCAUAGUUUUGUGAUUUCGGUGCCGAAAAAUCAUUCACUGAUACAGGAAUUUCCCGGCUAUACAUAUGUAGGCAAUCCUGUAGUCAUUAAAGAAGGUCUAACCGUUGAUCAGUGCCGAGAGUACGCCGAAAAUGAGUGUAAAUUUUGCCGAAAGUUUACGGCCAUUGAAGAGACCGGUGAGUGCGCCCUAUUCUCUGACAGUGCUUUACUGUCUCCGGCCAUCAAAGAGGCCAACUAUACUGAAAGAUCGGGACUAUUAAUGGUUCCUAAAGACUACGAAUAUCUGGCUUUCGAGCGAAUCCCGUGGAAAAUGUUUACUUCAGACGUAACGCCUUAUGAAUUGAAAGGCGAAAUCGAUGGACUCAAAUGUCUGCAAUUUUGUCUUCAGCAACAGCUAUGUGUGGCCACAGCACUGGUAUACGACACACAGGAAUCGUCAAUGUUUUGCUACUUUUUCAAAGAGUCGGACCUGAAGACAGCAAAUGUCACUGAAUAUGAAAACGUAGACUUAUUUAUUAAGAUUAUGUCAGAUAAUGAGAUACCUGGACAUCGAGUAAUGACAAACCAGUCAAAUGAUUGCAGUGAUGGUAAACCAUUGCAAUUUGAAGAUGAAAAUAAAAAUGUUGAUAAAGUUAGUGAUAAUAGAAGAAAAGGAUCAAAAGCUAACAAUGCUUUUAGUGUGUAUUCGCCAUAUGAUUAUGACUUUUAUAACGGACAGCCUAAUGUAGAUGACAACCGCGAGUCGGAACAGUUAAAUGCCGGCCGUAUGUCGGGUUCGACAAAACAGCGCAGUGUUAGAUCGGUUGAUGGAAUCAAUAGAGAUAGAGCUGAUAGUGAUGGAGACAAUAACCGGUCGAUUGGACUUACAUUUAUUGAUUCUGUCCGACAAAAUGCCCGAAAAGAGUCAGUUUUAGAGACAAUACCGACUUUCGCGUCUCAGCUUAAAAAACGAGUGGAAAUGAUCCGAAAUGUUACACAAUUGAUGCCAAAUAAUUCAUUACCCCUACAAGUAUUAAAUCCAAAUCAUAAUUAUACUAUUCUAUCGGCGGGAAAGGUAUUGAAGUCGUUGAGACACUAUUUAUCUGAUAAAUUGUGUGCCAAUGGACAAGAAUUGGAUAAUAAUUACCAAUGCCGAGACAUAUCUAAUACGUGUCAUGAAAUACCUGAUAUAAUUUAUGCCGACCCGAUAGGGAUGUCCCGAUGCAAUGUUACACUUGUUGGUGCGUACUGUCCAGUUGUUUGUCGCACGGGUUACGAGCCGACUCUCCCAAGAAUUCAGUGCCAGAGUACUGGUCACAGAAAUGUCUGGAAAAAUGCAAGAGAUGUCAAGUGCCGACCUAUUGACGGUCAAUGCGAACUGAUUGAUGCAAGAAAUAAAUCAUUGUUACGGAUCAAGUCUGUGACCCGAUUUCCAGAUGAAAAGCUUCACUUUAUAUCAAGGUUUGACAGUCGUAAACGAUUGCCACAGUUUGCGGCCUAUGUUCACACACGAGACAAUAAUAUUAAUGACAAUCAGACACUAGAUGUUAAUAAUAGUGAUGUAGAGGAACGGUAUGUUGCGAAUAGAUGUAAACUAUUGGAUGAUAAACAAUGGACAAUCAACGACUAUAACCGAAGCGACUAUAAUAUGCAACCAAUAUUACCGACAAAUGCUUUCCGAUAUUCACCCGAAGCCCAGAGUUUGGUCCACACGAUGACUGUCAUCGCACCACAGGAUCCGUUCACAGCACGUGGUCCGUGGCGUACACUUGAAAAUCAUACACUCGAAAUGUUGCGGACGCGACCAGGUAUUGUACUAUCAGGUGUUUGUCCCGAUACUAUACCGCAAACAGCGGCAACACCUCGAAAGGCUAUGAAUAUACCGAAAUGUUUUUGGCGUAUAAUAUGUGUGCCACUCAGCGAUACCGAAAUAACUGCUGGCGUUUUCUAUACUGAAAACACACACCCGAUCUCACAGCUAGAGAAGCAGUCACGCGUGGAACAGAUACGACAAUAUCGGGACCAACGGUUUAUUGCAAAACUUUUGGGUACCGAUGGUUAUCGUAACAUAUGGACGGAAACAUACAAUGCGUUCAAAAAUGUGAACAAAGGCAUCAAAAGUUUCAUACAUAAGUGCGCCGAAACACAUAAAAAUAGUGCCGAUGCUGUCAACUUUUGGGAACGGGUGGUCAAUGGUACGGCAGGACAGGUAGAGACAUGGCCUGCAAGCUAUAAGUAUGGAUUGGAAAAAAGUGAUUUAAAGAUUAAUACAAAAGAGGAUUGGGAGCAGAGAUCAGCAAAAAUUAGACGAUUCACAACAAAAUUAGAGGACAGAGAUGAUAAUAAUUGAUAAUUAUUUGAUUAACUGAAUUUGAUUUAUUUUAAAAUCAAAAUCAUUAUUUUUGUUUACCAUAUUAUAUUAUAAAAAUCAUA